AUGGCAGUCAACCUGUCUCUCUAUCUAGUCACAGACUCAACGCCCGCUAUCCUCAAGGGACGAGAUCUCUGCAAUGUCGUGGAGGAGUCUCUUAAAGGAGGAGUCACGGUUGUCCAGUACAGAGAGAAGCAUAGCGACACAGGGGUGAUGAUUGAGACUGCGAAGAAACUCCACCAGAUCACGAAGGCUUACAAUGUGCCAUUGAUCAUCAAUGACCGGGUCGAUGUUGCUGUGGCGGUCGGAGCAGAGGGUGUCCAUCUAGGACAGGACGAUAUGAAUGUUGAUGAUGCAAAGAAGCUGCUUCCAGAGGACGCCAUUAUUGGAGUCACUGUCGCAUCAGUCGCAGAAGCGAAGCGAGCGGUCGAGCAGGGGGCUGAUUACCUGGGUAUUGGAACCAUGUUUGCAACACCUACGAAGAAGGAUACAAAAUCCAUAAUCGGAACUGCAGGCACUAAAGAAAUCCUCAAUGCUCUCGCCGACAUGGGCCGCCCGGUUGGAACUGUUUCUAUCGGUGGAAUCAAUGAAUCCAAUGUACAACGCGUGAUCUAUCAAUCGCAAGGUACCAAGAAGGGCCUAGACGGCGUGGCGGUGGUGAGUGCCAUCAUCGCCGCAGAAGACCCCCGAGCAGCAGCUUCGCAGUUGUCCAAGCGCAUCAGCUCUCUUCCCCCAUUCGCAAGCAUUCCACCAACUCCACGCGAGAACGAGGCGGCAUUAUUGUUGAAUGAUGUGCCAUCCAUCGUCGCUAAAGUGGCUACUAGCCGUCCCCUUGUUCACAACAUGAUCAACUUCGUCGUCGCAAACUUUGCUGCCAAUGUCGCUCUCUCCAUUGGUGCUUCGCCAAUCAUGUCCCCUUAUGGAGACGAAGCCAACGAUCUCUCUACUUUCGGGGGGGCUCUUCUUAUCAACAUGGGAACUCUUAACAGCGAGAGCGUAUCGAACUACCUCAAAGCCAUGCUAGCGUACAAUAAGGGCGGAAACCCCGUUAUUUACGAUCCCGUCGGAGCAGGGGCUACUAAGAUUCGAAAGGCUGCCGUCAAGCAGCUCAUGGCUGGAGGCUAUUUUGACCUGAUCAAGGGCAACGAAGGGGAAAUCAGGGAGGUCUUUGGCAACAGUGCGGGUAUGCAGCGAGGAGUCGACAGCGGACCAAGCACCCUCAACAACCGCGAAAAGGCUACUCUUGCCAGAGACCUUGCCCGCCGUGAACGUAACUGCGUCCUUUUGACCGGUGAUAUCGACUAUCUCAGUGAUGGAAACCGGGUCUUUGCCAUUGGCAAUGGCCACGAAUUCUUGGGACAAAUCACUGGCACUGGCUGUUCCCUGGGGACCGUCACCGGCGCCUUCCUGUCCGUCCACCGUACCGACAAACUCCACGCUGUUCUCUCUGGACUAUUGAUGUUUGAGAUUGCAGCUGAAAACGCAGCUGCGAAGGAAUACGUGCGCGGCCCCGGUAGUUUCACGCCUGCUUUCUUGGAUGAGCUCUACGCUAUCCGCCAGGCCGCCGUUCGAGGCGACAACAGCUGGUUUACGGGCCGUGCCAAGGUUCAGGAGAUCCAUCUAUAG